AUGGAUCCCGUGGCGCCAUCGGGGCAUCGUCGCCGGCGAAGCAGUCUCAUCAAUCCCGCCAAUGCUUCAAACAGUCGGCAGCGGUCUCCCAGAGCGACAUCACAGUCAAUUCGGACUCCUGCCGCCGUGGAUGACGAGGACAAGAUCGUCGAGGAGAGCAGCGGCGAGGAAUCCCUGCGGCCGGGCGAGGUGCUAGAUGAGGAGGACACGACGGAGGAAGAUCUCCAUGACGACGAGGAGACGGGCCUGACGGGCAAAGACAGGCGGAGGAAGAGGCGAAAGAGAAGGCGGAACCAGCUGAUCGACCAGCGCAUCGUCAAAGAUGAUAUAUCACCGGAGGAAAAGAAGCAGGCGGAUCUUACCGUUGUCAGGCGGCUGCUGAUCAACGGCGCUCUCAUCGGGCUGUGGUACUUUUUCUCGUUAUUGAUAUCCUUGUACAACAAAUGGAUGUUUUCACCCGACAAGCUCAACUUCCGCUUUCCUAUGUUCACCACCGCCGUGCAUUUUCUCGUGCAGUUUUCGCUAGCUUCAUUGAUAUUGCUCCUCUUUCCCUCGCUGAGGCCGAAGAACGGCCACAGGUCCGACCUGGGCCAGUCAAGGCAUGGGCCGGAGCCAGCACGGCCCGUCAUGACCAAGAUGUUCUACCUCACGAGGAUCGGGCCGUGCGGCGUCGCGACCGGCCUCGACAUUGGCUUGGGCAACACGUCACUCCAGUUCAUCACCCUCACCUUCUACACAAUGUGCAAAUCCUCCUCCCUCGCCUUCGUCCUUCUCUUCGCCUUCCUUUUCCGCCUCGAAACCCCGACCUGGAAGCUCGUAGGCAUCAUCGCGACCAUGACCCUGGGGGUCGUCAUGAUGGUCGCGGGCGAGGUCGAGUUCAAGUUCAGCGGCUUCGUGCUCGUCAUCUCGGCCGCCUUCUUCUCGGGCUUUCGCUGGGGGUUGACGCAGAUUCUGCUGCUCCGCAACCCGGCGACAUCCAACCCUUUCUCGAGCAUCUUCUUCCUCGCGCCCGUCAUGUUUUUAACCUUGAUCUGCAUCGCCGUCCCCGUCGAGGGCGCCGGAGCGCUGCUCACGGGGCUGCGGCGCAUCGCCGACGAAAAGGGCGCGCUCGUCGCCCCGCUCAUCAUCGUCUUCCCCGGCAUAAUCGCGUUUCUCAUGACCGCCUCCGAGUUUGCGCUGCUGCAGCGCACCUCGGUCGUGACGCUGUCGAUCGCGGGCAUCUUCAAGGAGGCCGUCACCAUCCUGGCGGCCGCGGUCGUGUUUGGCGACACCAUGACGGCGGUCAACGUCGUCGGGCUGGUGGUCACGCUGGCGGCCAUCGCCGCGUACAACUGGAUCAAGAUUAGCAAGAUGCGGAGCGAGGUGCAGACGGACGUGCACCGCGGGCACCUGGCCGCCGCCGAGGCGGUGCUGCCCGGGGGUAGCAGCAGCAGCAACAGCGUGAGUGAUGGGGAGGAUGGCCAUGGUGAGGAUGCCGACUUAUUGAGGGGUAGCGUGGAUAACGAUGAGGUUUUGUUUACGGCGGAUGGCGGCGAUGUGGUCGCGGGGCCAGGGCCGGCACUAGUACAUGGGAGGGUUGAUGGUACGGUCCCCAGAGAGGGAAGGACGGAUUGA